CGCCCGGUCAGAGUCUCACUCAGGGAGCCUGGCAGUUGGCACAGCUGCUCCAGAGAACCCAGGCGUCCGGCCGGGCCCCUGCACUCGGCCACGGCAGGCAGCGACCCCCUGGGGAGGGGCAGGGCCAUGGGGCGUCGGCCCGGGAGCUGGGACCCCCCCGCAUGGGGCGGCCCCUGGAAAGGGCUGCUGCUGGCAGCCUCCGUCCUGGGCUCCUGCCUCCAGCCGGCGCCGGCCCAGACCCCAGUGACCAUCGUCCUCACCCCGCCGAGCCCCGUGGUGGGAGGGGGCGUCAGCCUGGCCCCGCAGCCAACGCCACAGGACUUCGUGCUCUGCUACUGGUACCGAUCAGCGACGCCUGCUGUAAACAACCGGAUCCUCACCUACCUCCCAAAGCCCUCUCAGCAGAACGGCCCGGCCCACACGGGGCGGGAGACAGCGGGGCCGGGCUGCGUCCUGCACAUCGCGGGGUUAACGCUCAGCGACACCGGGAACUACACGGUGGAGAUACAGACCGAGACUAGCUCCGGCCUCGGCACGGUGCCUCUGCGCGUCUCUGAAAAGCUUGCCAAGCCCACGGUGACGCCGAACCAGAACCAGGUGCCCGAGAAUGGGACCCUCACCCUCACGUGCAACACUUCCCCCAGCGCCGACACCGUGCUCUGGCUCCAGAACGGGUCGUACAUCGCACCCAACAAGCGGCUGGGACUGUCCCCUGACAACCGGACCCUCACGGUGCAGAAUUUCACCUGGGGCGACGCCGGGACCUACCAGUGCGAGGUCAGGAACCCCGUCAGCACUGAACGCAGCGAGCCCAGCACCGUGACGCUGGCCUAUGGGCCAGAAUCCGCCAGGAUAGACCCUCCAGGACCCGUCAACCUGACUCUUGGGACCCGUCUGACCCUGACGUGUGUCGCCGACUCUGUCCCAGCCCCGAGCUAUUCCUGGUUUCUCAAUGGCAACAAAUUACCCCAGACCGGGAGCAGCUUGACCUUUGACCUGACUACAUUAAAUCCUGGCACGUACAAGUGCCAGGCUGACAACCCUGUCACUGGCCUCACGGCUAACGCGAAGAUCGAGGUGCUGGAAAAGCUUGACAAGCCCACGGUGACGGCCAGCAAAACCCAGGUGCCUGAGAAUGGGACCCUCACCCUCACGUGCAACACUUCCCCCAGCGCCGACACCGUGCUCUGGCUCCAGAACGGGUCGUACAUCGCACCCAACAAGCGGCUGGGGCUGUCCCCUGACAACCGGACCCUCACGGUGCAGAAUUUCACCUGGGGCGACGCCGGGACCUACCAGUGCGAGGUCAGGAACCCCGUCAGCACUGAACGCAGCGAGCCCAGCACCGUGACACUGGCCUAUGGGCCAGAAUCCGCCAGAAUAGACCCUCCAGGACCCGUCAACCUGACUCUUGGGUCCCGUCUGACCCUGACGUGUGUCACCGACUCUGUCCCAGCCCCGAGCUAUUCCUGGUUUCUCAAUGGCAACAAAUUACCCCAGACCGGGAGCAGCUUGACCUUUGACCUGACGACGUUAAAUCUGGGCACGUACAAGUGCCAGGCUGACAACCCUGUCACCGGCCUCACGGCUAACGCGGCGAUCGAGGUGCUGGCAUCAGCUGCAGACUCCGGCGGAGGCCUGUCGCCCGGAGCCAUCGCGGGGAUCGUCAUCGGGUCGCUGGCCGCGGUGGCGCUGCUCGGGUGCCUGGUCUACUUCCUGCUCUGCAGAACUGAACGGGAGACCAAGCAGCACUCGCCCGUCGGAGGCCAGGCCGCGCCCGCCCAGAACGAGGGCGUCAGUGGCAGCAAACCCACCUUGGGUGAGGAAGACAUUCAGUAUUCUACACUCGCCUUCAGCGCAGGAGACCAGAAGCCACCGCCCGGGCCCCAGCCCCCGCCUGAGGGCGGCACCGUCUACUCGGAAAUCAGAAAAAAAUGACUGUGAUUUGCUUGGGACCUCGGGAAUCACUGCACCCACCUACCCCACCACCGCCCCCCAGCGGAGCUUCCGGAACCCCCCCGCUCCAAUGCAGCACUCGCUGGGGGGCAGCUCCGGUCCCACCUACCCCCUGCCCGCUGGGCUCAAUGAGUGUGAUACCCUCCCCGGGUGAGGCCGUCAGGACUCCGGAGGGGCUCUGGGAGGGGAGGGGGGUCUAGUGGUCAGAGCAGGGGGCUGGGAGCCAGGACUCCUGGGUUCACAUCUGCUUUGCACAGGGGUUGGGGCUGGGGGUGUGUGCUGUGCAGUGGGGGAUGGUCUGUGUGUGGGGCUGACGGAUAACGGCGACACCCCCACCCCAGGCUGCGCUGUCAGUGCUGGCUGGGCGUGGAUCUGGGCAGCCUCGGUGCAGGGGUGAGAUGGCGCCGUCACCCCAUAGCAUCUCAGCCCAGAGCCCUGUGCCCCCCAGCUCCACCCCCCCAGCUCUCCGCAUCCCCCUCCCCGAGCCUCCCGCUGUCAGACAGCCUCUGAGGUGCAGGGCGGUUGUGCUGCUGGGGGCGGGGGAUGAUUGUGUGGGGCGCGGGGUGUCGCUUACAGUGGGUGGGACUGGCUGAUCGGGGGGUUUGUACCGUGAUUGAUGCUGUUUGU